GUAUUUUCCACUGGCACACAUACACAUCCGUGUCAUUUGCCGGCUUGGCUUGCUCAAAGAAGGACCUCGCAUCUCUAAACCAAAACCAUGUCGCCUCCUAGCAUCAAGAAAAUCCUGAUUAGCGACAGCGUCGCCCCCGAAUGUAAAGAAGUUUUGGAAAAGGCGGGAAUUGUGGUGGACAUGAAGACGGACAUGACGAAGGAGGAGCUUUGUGAGAAAAUUAAGGGUUACGAUGGGCUGAUCGUCCGUUCGGCCACCAAGGUGACGGCCGACGUGAUCGGGGCCAGCGACUGUCUGAAAAUCGUGGGUCGUGCGGGAACCGGCGUGGACAAUGUGGACAUUCCCUCCGCUACCAAGAAGAACAUCGUCGUCAUGAACACACCCGGAGGAAACACACUGAGUGCUGCAGAACACACCUGUUUCCUCAUCGGAAGUUUAGCAAGGCAAAUCCCGCAGGCUCACAUGUCUAUGAGGGAGGGCAGAUGGGAUAGGAAAAAGUUCAUGGGUAAUGAGCUGUAUGGGAAGACAUUAGGCAUCAUCGGCCUGGGGAGGAUCGGCAAGGAGGUGGCUCUGAGGAUGCAGGCAUUCGGCAUGACGACAAUCGGUUAUGACCCUAUCAUUGAUGCCAAGACGGCGUCAGAGUUUAAUGUGGAGUGGAUGGAUCUGGAGCAACUGUGGCCCAAGUGUGACUACAUCACUGUCCACGUGCCACUCAUCCCACAGACACAGAACCUGAUGAACGAGGCGGUGUUUGGGAAGUGCAAACAGGGCCUGAAGGUCCUGAACGUGUCGCGGGGCGGGAUCAUCUCGGAGGCGGACCUGCUGAAGGCGUUGGAGGCGGGAACCAUCGCCGGCGCCGCCAUCGACACCUGGGAGCAGGAGCCGACCACUAACACUGCGCUGGUGCAGCACCCUAACGUGAUUGCCGUGCCCCACCUGGGCGCCAACACACGGGAGGGCCAGCGCCGCUGCGCCAUCGAGAUCGCAGAACAGAUCGUGGACUGGGUCAACGGCAAGGGGCUGGUCGGCGCGGUCAAUGCCAGAGAUCUGAAGCUGUAAGAUGUCACCCUGACUCACUGCCAGAACAUCCGAACAAGAACAGGAAAAAACAAACAUAGCUUACAAGACAGCUUACAAGAAAAAGAAAGAAGUUUCUGAUGAGAAGUACUUAUUUUCUGACUUGGAAGACUUUUUACUUUGUCUAAUUUUUUUCUGUGUACAGUCAUGAGAUGUAACUUGACAGUGGAGGAAUGGUGUGGAUAUGUACAUUGUAUACAUAUUACUGACUAAGAAAGAUUCAACAAAUAAGUAUAGUCUCUCCUUGGUGUAGCUUGUUUCUGUUCUUUUUGUAACUAGGCAGAAUAGAAAUGGUUCCUAUGGAAAGAAAAACUCUUGAAAUUCAUUCAAGUCCAUGACUUUCUGUAAGAAAUGCAGAUCAUGAAUGUAAUGUAAUGUUUUGACUGUACAUGUAAGCAAUCUCCAAGCAUAGGAUGAGGAGGGUGGUUGAAGAUGUCUGCGAAGCCUGGCAGUCAGAAAUAGUUAUCUGUACUGUAUAGCCAGUAUUAUCACCCUUUGCUGUAACAUACCAGUAUCUGUACUGUAUACUGUAUAGCCAAUAUAAUCACCCUUAGAUGUAACACAUCCUCCAUCUGCUUUGAGAUUAGGACUUUUCAUUCAAAACAAGACAAUAAAAAGCAACGCUCUUUUGUGUAAGCCAGAUGAACACCUUUCUUUGUGAUUGUUUUAACAAUUAACUCUUGAAUUGUAAAUGACAUACUUAAUGAAGCAAAGUCUUGGUACAUUAAUAGUUUUGAUUUCCUGUGUGGAUAGUCAUUGCUUUGUGUGUUAUGUUACAAAAACAUAGCAAAAUGGUUUAUGGCGCAUAUUGGUUCUAAAUUAUGGUUAGCGGUCUGUGAUGUUAUGAUAACAAAAGGCAAAGUGUGACUGAUAUCAAGCUUCUCAUUUAAAGUGCCAUCUUUAGGGGACUAUUGAGAAAAAAGCAAGCAAUGCUUGAAACAUUCGGAGUGACCAAAGGUUAAGGUAAGGUUACUUUUGGUGGUACAUGUGUCCAGCUUUUGCUGUCUUCCUAUCUAAUUCUGUGGAGAAACUUUAGAAAUAAAGUUUACGUUACCCUG